AUGCCCAAAUCCCUUCAUGAACCGCCCUGCCCCACCACAAACCCUAACCUGCCACAUCUUGCCACUACCCCUGACAUGACCCCCGCCAUCCCCCACAACCCCCGACCUCCCUCACAACCCCCGACCUCCCUCACGACCCCCAACCUCCCUCACGACCCCCAACCUCCCUCACGACCCCCGCCCUCCGCCACGACCUCCGCCACGACCCCCGCCCUCCGCCACGACCCCCACCCUCCGCCACGACCCCGCCCUCCGCCACGACCCCCGCCCACCGCCACGACCCCCGCCCUCCGCCACGACCCCCGCCCCCCCCCACGACCCCCGCCCCCCGCCACGACCCCCGCCCCCCGCCACGACCCCCGCCCCCCGCCACGACCCCCCGCUCCUCCCCACAAUCCCCCGCCCUCCCCUACAAGCCCUGUGUCCCCACAAACUCCACCACCAAGACCUGCACCCCACUGA